AUGGAUGCCGUCCUCUUCGGCCUUUCUCCAUUCACAAUGAGUUGGUCCUUCACUAAUGUGUUGGGCUACAAACCCGUUGCCAACCAACUUGUCGUGUUUUACAGCAUGGAAAACGUUCUUCGCAUGCACAAGUGGAACCCAAGGCUGGGCCUGUUCAAGUAUCACGUGGACAUGACGUAUGGUGCGUAUUCAAACAUAAGCGUUCCAUACGCUUACUUUACUCCUUUCGCUGAAGACGAAACCAACAAGAGCGAGACGAAAAACUGGAUGCAAGGAAAGACUAAAUUGAUCGCGUGGUUGGCGAGCAACUGUAAGGAGGUCUUCUGGCCGAGGAACGAGUUCGUGGCCGAACUACAGCGCCAUAUGCAGAUCGACACCUACGGACGCUGCGGCAACCUGACCUGUCUCCCUCGCUUAUCCGAGGAAUGUGUCAAGAUGCUCACCAAGUAUAAAUUUUACCUUUCUCUCGAAAACUCCGAGUGCAAUGACUACUUGACAGAAAAAAUCUGGGCUUCGGCGUUAGAAAAUGACGUCAUCCUGUAA